GUCAACAAUCAUUAAGUUAAUCAUUGUAAACAGCUCGCAGCUUCAUCCUCUCUGAAGGUUUGAGAAAUUAUUUCAAGUUUUGUUGAAAAAAGUACUAGCAGCCUGCAGGUGACUAAAAUUUUGAUAUCAAUCACUGAAAUUUUGAAGUUACCUGCAAUCAAGUGCGAAGGACUCGCAUCAUCUUUGGAAUGGCAUCCGCGUCGAGCAGUAGCGCGAAGAACCUCUUCAGCGAUUCGAAGCGCAGGCUGGCCGAACGGGUCGCUGUCAACGUGAACAACGCCUCAUCGGUGGCCCGGCAGAUUGUCCGCGGUUCCAAAUCGAACGAGAUUCUCAUGCAGGCGGCCAAGAACUUCGCCUACCACGAGAGCACCGCCGACAACAGCAUUCAGAACCUGCGGAAGAUGGAAAUCAUCUUCCAGCAUUUGAACUACCAGUACGAGGCCAUCGAGCAGGCGGCGGACAAGCUGGAGUUUGUGGAAGAGCAGGUGAACGCCAUGGAGAGAUGAUGCGGAGCGGAGCGCCGCCGUCGCGACGGCGAUGAUUAUUACUGAUGGAAGUAUUGAUGACAUUACGCAAUGAUGGUGGUCGAUGAUGUUUUUAUUUUUAAACAGGGAUGCCGGAUGUGAAAAGAUCUCAUCAGAUAGAUGUUGCUGAAACUUUAUAAAAAUGUCUGCAAACUUCAAUAAUUUCUAAUAUCAUAUAGGAUUUCAAAUUAUCAUUUUGUUCUGCUAUGGUAUUAUUUAUGAAAUUUAAAACUCUUCUCGAAAAUAGUAAUUUGUGAUUACGCGAAUUUACAGAUUUAGUUGAAUGAUACAAUAAUGAUUUGGCAUUCCUGUUAAAACAAAAACAGUCUGCAUGGUGGCGCACACCAGCGGCGAGCACGUUAACCAAUAUGUUGCGCAUCUGUGAUGAAGUUGUCAAAAGUUUCCGCCAAAAAGGAAAGUUUCUUUUAUUUACAAUCUGCCUCGGUGCUGUUUUUGCUUGUUCCAUAUUUUUUUCGUAUGAAAUAGUUUUGUAGUUUGCAAUAAAUCAGAUCUGAUCGUUGGUUCAAAACCUACA